CUGUUAUCAUUUCACCUCUUCCUGGUUGAUCAGUUACUGAAAAGAGAGCAUCCGGAGACACAUCAGGCCAUUUUUCAAGGCGGAUGGUCAGUCAGGCAGCCAUGCGAGGCCAGCGUGUGGUGGAGAGCGAGUGUAGGUGCUGGAACCUGGCCGUCUGGGUGCUGGUGACCCUGCUGGGAUCCCUCUUCUUGGUGGCCGUCAGCGUGCUGAUGCGACUUGGAGAUAUGAAAGUGAACAGACGGGCUGUAUCUGCUGAUGGCCUGCAAACCCCCAUGAGGCCGCAGGUCCAAGUACGACUGGUGAACGGUCGGAGCCAGUGUGAGGGUAGGGUGGAGGUGCGCUACAAUGACUCAUGGGGCACAGUGUGUGACGACGACUGGGACAUGGUGGAUGCCAACGUGGUGUGUCAGCAGCUGGGCUGCGGAGUGGCUGUGGCGAUGGGCAGCAGCUCUCAUUUCGGACAAGGCACAGGGCUCAUCCUGCUGGAUAAUGUGGACUGCAGAGGAAGCGAAACAGACCUGAGCCAGUGCCGUAGUCUGGGCUGGGGCGUCCACAACUGCUACCACUAUGAGGACGUGGGUGUUACCUGCAGAGAACCAGCGGUGGUGGGGGCAAAGGGGUUUGAGGUUCGCACCACACCGCCCCGGGAGAACUCCGGCUUACGUGAUGGCACCAUCCGUCUGAUGAAUGGUCAGAACGCCUGCCAGGGUCGGGUGGAGAUCUACUACCAGGGAAACUGGGGGACAGUGUGCGAUGAUGACUGGGUCCUCAACAAUGCCCGGGUAGUGUGCCAACAGACAGGUUGUGGCACGGCCGUCUCUGCACACACCAACUCCUACUUCGGUUACGGAACCGGCCUGGUUCUCCUGGACAAUGUCAACUGCCACGGCACUGAGGCGGACCUCACCAAGUGCAAAAGCCUGGGCUGGGGCAAACACAACUGUGGCCAUCACGAGGAUGCUGGGGUCACCUGCACCGGAUCCACUACUGUACGUCCUGUGGCAACAGAGAGCCAGAGAAUACUCUGGGGAACAUAUAACACUCAAGCGACAGAAAACAUUCCAGUCACCAACGCAUCAACUACAACAACUGUGACCACAACUGUCCAGACAAAAGCCAUACCAGAAAUCCGUUUGACGAAUGGUAACAAUAGCUGUCAGGGUCGUGUAGAGGUCCGCUACAAGAGCUUCUGGGGGACAGUGUGUGACGAUGACUGGGACAUGGUGAACGCCCACGUGGUGUGCAAGCAGCUUGGAUGUGGCCCGGCCAUCGAGGCCAAGACCCAGGCCUUCUUCGGCUACGGUUCGGGUCCGAUCCUGCUGGACAAUGUGGAGUGUAGCGGCAAUGAACGGAAGCUGUCUGACUGCUUCCACCUGGGCUGGGGUCAGCACAACUGUGGCCAUCAUGAGGACGCUGGAGUCAUCUGUGCACCUUUUCAGAGCCUCAGUGUGAGCGGACGUGACUUCAGAGUAACAGCAAGCAUACCCACCACCACAACGCUACCUUCUGAAGGAACGGUGAGACUGGUGGGCGGCCAGCACCAGUGUGAGGGUCGGGUGGAGAUGUUCUCAGAUUCCGAAUGGGGCACAGUGUGCGAUGACGCUUGGGACAUCCCUGACGCGCAGGUUGUGUGUCGCCAGCUGGGAUGCGGGGAAGCCACGGCGGCUUGGGGGGAAGCUUUCUUCGGGCCCGGCACAGGAACAAUCCUGCUGGACAAUCUCAAGUGCACCGGCAUGGAGGCCUCUCUUCACAAUUGCUCCCAUAUAUCCUGGGCAGUGCACAACUGUGACCACACUGAAGAUGCUGGUGUCACCUGCUCACUGUCGUGAUUUCAGCAGAACCACACUCCCAUCACCACAAUGGGCAGGAAGUGGGUGUACCAUCCUGGGACUUGUGUACAUUAUGUAAAUAAAAGAUGUCACAUUGCUGAAGGAAUACUUCAACACCAACAACAUACAAAAUAACUAAUAUGACAAUAUAUGAUUACAUAUUAUAAACUAUCUAUGCCUAUUAAGCACUUUAUAAAUAAAUAUGAUAUAAAAUACAAUGUACACUGUUUUUUAUUUGAUAAACAAGAAAAACAAAGAUUUUAACCGUCUGUCAUUCUCUUUUUUGCCCCCAAAUGUUAACAUAUUUACUGUCCAUGUGAUUCUUAGAUGUUUAAGUAAGUUAUACUGGAGGAAAUCCAUCAGUUAUUUAGUCAGUGG